ACAUGCAAGGUAGAGAAUUUUCUUCCCCGUCACCCUCACUCACCCACCCACUUUAUCCAAUAUUUAAUGGUAACAGUGACAUUAUGCAUAUAUCUUCGUCUGGAGGAUUGAUUGGAUUUUAUUUGUGUGCCAAAAGCAGAAAAAUCCCUCUUAUGUUACCCUUUUUGUUGCAUAUAUUCCUCAGAAUCGUCCCACACAACCCUUAAAUCACUCUCAGCCAAAGCUCUUAAGAGGUCUGAUGAACACUGAUUUUAUGAAGAUUUUGCAGAAAAUAAGAUGCUCCAGCAUUACAAAGUUUUGUGUAUUUCUGUGAAUAGUUAUGUAUGCCACAGCCAGUGCACUUUACAUUGACGAAAUGGGUUAUGCUAUGAGUAGACUAGAGAUAGAUUCUGAUCAUUGUGAAGAUGAAAAUGCUAUCCAUGAAGAGUCUAGCAGUGGGCAAUCUAAAAUGCCGUCGACAUUUCUGGACAAUGAAAUUGCUCAGAUAACAAAGCUGAAGUCAAACCCCCAUCAACAAUUAGUCCAAGUUGGAACUGGAAGGCCGCAGUUGCCUGUUUCUCCUGUGAAGAUGCUGGCAGGUCGAGAAUCAAAUUAUUCAGGACGGGGAAGGUUUUCUUCAGCUGACCGCUGCCAUCUUUUGAGCAGAUAUUUGCCCGUAAAUGGUCCCUGGCUUAUUGACCAAAUGUCUAGUCGGGCAUAUGUAUCCCAGUUUUCAGCUGAUGGUUCUCUUUUUAUUGCUGGGUUCCAGGGAAGUCAUAUAAGAAUAUACAACGUGGACAGAGGUUGGAAAGUUCAGAAGAACAUUCUAGCUAAAAAUUUGAGAUGGACAAUCACUGAUACAUGUCUUUCACCUGAUCAACACUAUUUGGCUUAUGCCAGUAUGUCACCCAUUGUACACAUUGUAAAUGCUGGAUCUGCUGAAACAGAGUCCUUAGCCAAUGUUACAGAGAUACAUGAUGGUUUAGAUUUUUCAUCAAAUGAUUAUGGAGGGUACUCAUUUGGAAUUUUCUGUGUGAAAUUCUCGAAGGAUGGAAGAGAAUUAGUUGCUGGAAGUAGUGAUAAUUCUAUAUAUGUGUAUGAUCUUGAAGCAAAUAAGAUCUCACUUCGAAUUUUAGCUCACACGUCUGAUGUGAACACUGUAUGUUUUGCUGAUGAAACUAGCCAUCUUAUUUACUCCGGGAGUGAUGAUAGUUUUUGUAAGGUCUGGGAUCGACGUUGCUUAAUUGCUAAAGCCAAACCAGCAGGGGUACUGAUGGGACACCUUGAGGGCAUUACAUUUAUUGAUACUCGUGGAGAUGGGCGUUAUUUCAUUUCAAAUGGUAAAGAUCAAACUAUCAAGCUCUGGGACAUACGCAAAAUGUCAUCCAAUGUUACCUGCAAUCCUGGGUACAGGAGUUACGAAUGGGAUUACAGGUGGAUGGAUUAUCCACCCCAAGCAAAAGACUUGACUCACCCUUGUGAUCAAUCAGUGGCUACUUAUAGAGGUCAUUCAGUCUUGCGCACUCUUAUCCGUUGCUAUUUCUCACCAGCUUUUAGCACUGGGCAGAAGUACAUCUAUACUGGAUCACACAACGCAUGUGUUUACAUAUAUGAUUUGGUGAGCGGAGCUCAAGUUGCGACACUGAAGCACCAUAAAUCACCAGUGAGAGAUUGUAGUUGGCACCCCUUCAACACCAUGCUUGUUAGCUCCUCUUGGGAUGGAGAUGUCGUGAAAUGGGAAUUUGCUGGGAGUGGUGAUAGACCAGCGUCUUUGAGUAAGAGGGUCUGGACAAGACACUUUUAUGAUGAGUACAUAUGAUGUCAGUGAAUUAGUUAUGGAAUGCUCUGGGGCAUGCGUACCCUGUUGUUAAUGAACAUGUAUAGGACGUUUUAACAUAAUAAGGCAUGACAUGAACAGCCAUAAGGUCUUGGUACAUAAAUAAUCAUGUAAAUUGAGAUUGGAAUUGAUUCAUUAGUACGCUAUGCCUGGAACAAAUUAUUAGUAUUGUACAAUGUGUCA